GGCUGAUAGGUGAACUGCAGUGGGUCCACUGAUGAGCUCAUUAGGGGGAUACAAAUGACAAAACCAGCCUUUCCAGGGUCUUCAUCAGAGCCACUGGCCUGUAGUGGUUGAAAUCUCUCAGUUAGGUAAUCUUCUUUGAAACUUGGAAUAGUAUCAGGAAAAUAUGUUCUACUUUGGGUCCACAUAACAACUUUCGUUUGGUUCUGCUACAUUUGUAAGUGAUCUUUACAUGUACAGAUUCAGAUUAUUGACAUUUUGUCACCCUUGCUCUUUCUCUAAAGUUAGUUUUAGUCUCAUGAAACUUUGGGGCUUUCUGUCUCUUAAUGCUUAAGGAAAGUUUUUAAAGUUUGAAACUUCAAACUUAUUGAACACAGUGACAUCUGGUGGACAAACACCACCACAGCAUGAACAUAUUCAUAGUUCUAGUCUUUACUGUAAGACAUUAAAGUCGAGGAAGCCUGCAUGUUAAGAAAUCAGACUAUCUACAGCAUAGCAUUAAAUUUACUCAUGACAGAAAUGAUAGAUGUCAAAUCUGUCAGAUUUAAAACAUCCAAACUAUUUAAUAUGCUGCAUUCAUCUCAAAUCAGAUUGGUUUGCCAGUGUAGGAGUUUAUGGUAAAGAGACGAACAUUUAAUCCAUCGUUAAUCUUUGCAGACUUGGUGGUUUUAAGAUGAAUCUAACUCCUCUUUACAUGCACGCUUGUUUUUCUCUGAGAUGUUUCACUUGAUAUGCAGAUUUUGCAGCAUUUUUAACUCUGCUCAGGAGAAAGCGCACGGUCAGUGUGGCACCCUGAGAAAAGUGACCUAAAGCUGCAGACAGAAACAUGCAUUGGACUGUGAGGGUCACUGUGGCUCUGCUGAACAUCAUCUGGGUUUUCUUCUUUUUAACAUUUGAUCCUUUCUCAGGUGAGUGAAGCUAAAGAAAAGACUAACUACAGGGUUAUUACAGUAAAUAAGGUAAAAUUUACCAUCAAAAACGGCUUUAAUAUGUCAGUAAAGCUCAGCUGCCUUAUGUUGAUAUACAGUGCCUGCACAGAGAAGGUGUGAAGAUGAGGACAUCGUGUUUGGAGAGUUUUGCAUCCAGCUGGAUAACAAAAGCAACAACACCGACACAUCAGCUGAGGGUGAGUCUGUCUCUACGGUCAGAUGCUAAAGUAAGUAGAUGCUAAGUAAGUAUAUAAAGUAUACUUGUAUAUAAACCUGGCUGUUUUUUUUUUUUUUUUAUAUGCACUAAAAGUCAAAAAUUCCACCCCGGAGUCUUCAGCACCUGAAAUGUGAGUAACUGUUUCUUUAAUCACUUACAUGCAAAAUCUCACAACUAAUGAAUUUACAUUUUAUUGUUUACAUGUAAAAUAUUUUAAUUAAUAAUUACAGAAGAAGCAUGGGUGAAAUCUUUGCACUCUUACUCUUGUUCAAUUAAUUUAAUUUCUAAUUAUUUUUAUUAUUGUAUUAAAAUGAUCCAGUUUCAGGGCUAAAGGGUCCUGACUCAUUAUGUCUGCCGGUUCAGCCUAUAAGUGCACCAAAUUGUGAAUCUGACCUUGGUACAAAGCAGGUUUAUAAAAAAUACAUUUUCAAGCGCUGAGGGAACUUAUUGUGGGACCCUCUGAACUCUAGCAAGACCCAAUAAGAAACUUUUGCAAGAUCCUUUUAAAACUUCUGCAGAACCAUUUGAAAUUCCUCCAGGCCUCAAGAAACUUAAGCAAGAACCUGGGAAAGUUUUGCAAGACUCUCACAAACAAAAGGAUUGGUCUGAGAAAUUUUUGCAUGAUCUGGGAAAACACUGGCAAGACCCUAAAAAUGUAAGUAAUAAAUCGAGAAAGUUUAAGCAAGAUCCUGAGAAACUCUAGCAGGAUCCAAGGGAUUGUUAGUAAGAACCUGAUAAAGUUUAGCUUGACCAUUAAAAAACAUACGCAAGAUCCAAGACAUUUCUACAUAACCCUAAAAACCUUGAGAAAGAUCCCAAGAAACUUCUGCAAGACCCCAAGAAACUUAAACAAGAUCCUAGGAUAAUUCUGCGAGUUUUAAAGAAAUUCUGGCAAAAUGCUUAAAAAAGAGAGAACAAAAAGAGUAAUAUCUUGAGAAAUUAUAACAUAGAUUCUAAAAAAGUUGAGAAAUAUCUAAGGGAUCCUUAGCGAGAGCCUGUAAAACUUCUGCAUGACCCCUAAAAACUACAACAAGAUCCUGAGACAUUUCUGCAACCCUAAAAUACUUUAGGAAGAUCCUGAAAAACGUUCAAGACCAUUAGAAACUUAAACAAGAUCCUGGGAAACUUUUGCAAGAUACUUAUAAAUUUAAAUAAUAUCAUGAGAAGUUUUAGCAAGAUCCUCGAAAACUUCUUCUAGAUCCUGGGAAACUUAAACAAGACCCAAAGUAACUUCUUUUUGGAAACCUUAACAUGUCCAUGACAAACUUUUGCAAGAUCCUGAGAAAGUCUUGCACGAUUCUAGUUACCCAUAUGGAGAUCCUAAGAAACUUUUGCAAGACCCACAGUGAUUUAAGCAAGAACUACAGGAUCUCAAUCUCUUGUAAGAUUUAUUCAAAAACCCUGAAACUUUUUGCAAGAUUCUUGACAUGGUUAACAAAUGUUUGCAGGUCGAAGAAACUUUCAAAGAUUAAGAGAGACUUUUGCAUGAUGAUAGAAUUCAUGUGAGAUCUUCAGAAUUUUUUGGGGAACUUUUUCACAAAAGCUGGAGAGGUUUGAAGAGAGAUUAUACAAAAGUUUCUCAUCAGUCUUGAUUUCACCUCCCUUCAUGUUUCUGAAACGGCCUCAUUUCAAAGUGAUCUGAUUACCUGUGCAGCAGAAAAGUAAAGUAGUGUACUUUUACUAUCAGGAGUGGGCAAGAGGCAGUUCUUCCUGAAUCGGACAUGACUCCCUCAGAGGCCGUUCCUACUUCCACUGAAAGCUCUGGUGCUUCUCAGAGAGUCAGCGAUGAAGGUCUUGACCCGGGGCCUGUUGGUGAGUGGUUUUUUUAAACAUUUACAGUGUCCAUGGUGUUAAACAAUUUUGGAAAUUCCUUUUUUAAAGCUGAUUUCCCUGCUGUUUCAAAGUCGUCACCAGAAUAAAUCAAGAGCCUUCAUCCAAGUGUCCGGCUGGAACUUUUCUGUGAGUAAGAAGCAAAACUAUCAGCUUUGUCUGUUCCUCACACAGUUAACAUCAAAUCCAUAAACUGCAAUGAGAAAAUAUGACAAUGUAACGGUGCAUUUGAUAGUCUUUGUGACACUAAUAUUCCUGUUUUCUUUCCGUAACAUCAUCGGGUGACACACACUGCUCUGAAUCAAACAGUGCACGACACCACCAUGACACGACCAAGACUGGAUUUUUUCCUGUAAGACAAAUAUAAAGCUUUUGAACUGCUUCACCACUAAAUGUUACAUGUACAUUUUGAUUUUCGGGGGGUUUUGAGUGGCUUAUUCUGCAGAAGCUUUCACUCCUCCUUUAAAAUAACCAAAACCAGAAUCAGAAAAUUUCUCAGCUCUCAGUGUUAUUGCUGAUUCAUGAUCAUGCAGCUUAUCCAACAUGUCAACAAACGGAAGUAUGUGCCACUUUGAGUUUGAGCUCCUCACUUUUUCUCUCUUCCUCUUUCAGAUUGAAGAUUAUCUUGAUGAUUUCGAAUAUAUUGAAGAUUGAGCAAUCGUAUCUCCGUGCGAUAAAUCCUCUUGGUGACCAGCUUUGAGGUUGUAACCUUUAACAUGCAAACAAGUUUCUCUGUGUGUGCAGCACAGACGUUUAUGUGCAGCUCUUCAGAUUAAUUCAGUCAUGGCUUCCAUGGAUGAGGAAACAUUAUUUUGACUGAUAUAUAUUCCUUCUUUGCUUGUUUUCAGUGGAUUUUUCAAGUUCAGAGCUCUUUCUAUCCUGUU